CUUUUGACAAAUUUUAUGCUUAACCAGUCAGAUCGAUCUGAUUUCUAACCUGGUCCAUUGGGCUGACAUACGAGCGGUGAUAUCGGCAUGAAUCCACCUAAGUAGAUGUAUACCUAUAUAUAUAAGAUCUCAGAGUUCCGAUUAUAGUGUUUUCAUGUCGUGAUACCAAACACACACACACACACAAUAAUCCCUGAGUUCCACGAGGUCAAAAUGCAGCUUACCUACCUAUCCAUCGCCGUAGCCUUUGGCUCUACAACCGUCAACUCUGCUUCUUUACCCGGCUGGGCUCCCGCAGGACCAAAUGACGUCCGCGCCCCGUGUCCUAUGCUGAAUGCUUUGGCAAACCACGGCUACCUCCCACACGACGGAAAAGGAAUCACGGUAAACAAGACCGUGGAUGCUCUGAAAUCUGCCCUGAACUUCGACCCGGUGCUCUCCAGCUCUUUGUUCGAGUUUGCGGCGACUACGAACCCGAUACCCAAUGCGACGUUCUUCGACUUGGACCACCUCAGCCGUCACAACAUCCUAGAACAUGAUGCUAGCUUGAGUCGUCAAGAUGCAUACUUUGGACGUGCCGACACUUUCAACGAGGCGGUAUUCAACCAGACAAAGUCGUACUGGACGGGCGACAUCAUCACCGUCCAGAUGGCGUCCAACGCCCGCGUCUCUCGCCUCAUGACCUCCAACCUCACCAACCCGGAGUACUCGCUUUCGGACCUGGGGUCGGAGUUCAGCAUUGGCGAGACGGCGGCCUACAUUUCGGUGCUAGGCGACAAGAAGACCGGCACGGUCCCAAAGAGCUACGUGGAGUUCCUUUUCGAAAAGGAACGUCUGCCGUGGGAGCUCGGCUUCAAGAGAGCGGCGGAGCCCUUCACUGAGCAGGACCUCGCGGAUAUGAUGGGCCAGAUCGUCAACGCCCAGCACUUCCCCCAGGAGCCCGGGAAGGUCGGGUGGUAGUAUACGAGCCGCGUUAGCCAUGAGGAUGGCCAUGGUAUUGGUAAAUGGUAAUGAGGGACUGUAACGACAGGGAUAGAGUAAAAGGGGACUUCAUCCCUUUCUCUUUUUUGGAUUUUCUUAGACCACUGGAUAUUUGAAUGCACCGGACUCAGGGAGUACACUUUCCCUAGUAUUUUGUUUUCCCCCUUUUCUUCUUUCUGGCCCUUGGCAUCAUGGCGGAACUUGCGUUGAGGUAAUAGAAGACGACAAGCUCGCAAGGAGCCAUGGCGACCCAGACAUGUAUAUUUUAUUGGAUAACGAUUAUAUAACGUGAAAGAAGUGCCAACUCUGAAAAUAGAUGUUAGCUAUGUCGGAUAUCCAAUUUGAUAAAUUGGAUAUAAUAAAUAGUUAGCAGUUAUGUAGAAAGAAGUAUUGUCCGUAGAUAAAA